AUGUCGUCCCCCGUGGACGCCAUCGAAAAGGAGCCCAUGAGCAGACUCGAUAGAUUUGCCAGCGCUGGGCAGGGACGUUGUAGCCUUCGGGACUAUCUCCAUUACUUCACCUUCGACGUUCUGGGCGAAGUUGCUUUCUACCACCGCUACGGCUUCGUUGGCACAGGCACCAAUGUUGAGGGUCGCAUAAAGUAUAUCGACGACGUCCAAUUUUACGAUGACCUCGUCGGGCAUAUCCCAUGGUUGCAUUACCUGCUGCGGCUCAACCCCCUGGCGCCAUACAUUCCUGGCCUGAGUCUCAAGCCUGUCCUGCUAACGCGCAUGGCCCUUGAGGAACUGCAGAAUGGGAGAAAACUGUACAAUAAGCGCAAGUCAAGCACAGAGCGGGAAGACUUGCUGGCGCAAUUCAUCCAGGGACCCCUUCGCGCUCCUGAAAAGUUUACUUGA